GUCCGAGAGCGUCUCCAGCCUCGGAUCUCCAUUUCUCUCCGCAUUCCCCAGAUCUUAAAGAUCCCCGCGAUCGCUUAUCGCUUUGCGAUCGCUUAUCGCUUUGAAAUAACAACUGUCGACAAGUCUACCUCCCACAAUGUCGACCCUGCAUCCAAACGCAGAGAAGCUCAUCAAGAGAGCAGAGGAAUUCUUCGCCGAAGUGGCUGACUUAACACCUGGCAAGAACCUCGAAACGCACCUCAACACCAACUACGGCCCGGGCAACCCCUUCUAUGAGGACUUCUGCAGCCUCAUCCGCACCGGCAUCGCCAACAACGAAGACUGGAUCGCGACCGACGAACUGGACGGCCCCAAAUACCGACGGAGCAGGCUGUGCUCGCCCUCGGAGCGCACGCGCUAUUUCAGCAUCACGACGGUGUAUAUGGAUAGCGCGGACGAGUAUCGCGGGCAGUACCAUCUGCAUCCGUACGGCGAGAUUAAUUGCGUGGUUCAGAUUGAUAAAACGGCGGAGUUGAAGGGGAUGAAUGGGUGGAUGGGGGCGGGGUGGACGUCGCCUGCCGCGGGGACGCAUCAUUAUCCGGAGGUGAGAGGAGGUGCCCUGGUGGCCUUGUUCUUCUUGCCGGCUGGCAGGAUUUCGUAUAAGGCGAGUCCGGGCAUGGAGCAGCCGGUUUACGUUUAGGAGUUUGAAUUAUGAAUUUUAGGCUAUUGUGCAACUCGCCCAGUUAUGCGAAGAUUAUGUAUUACAGUAUGGUAUCACAACAAUUAAAAGGCGAGGUGCGCCAGGCACCGUCGCUGAUCAUGACUCGUCUUCGAAAAAUAGAACAUGAUAUAACAUGAUAACAUUUCACGAUACCGGAUAU